ACCUAGUAUUUAAGUUAACUCUCACUCUCUUCUCUGAAUGUAUCACUGUUAGUUAGAAUCAUCAACGAAACCCUAAGACGUGUUCUUGAUUUCAAAACCCUUUUUCUCUGCAAAUUAAGCUUCAGAUAAUAGAAAGAUACACGUGGAUUGAAUUCUUGAGCUCUUAUCUUAUAAAGAUUUGAAGGGUUUCAUAUUUCUUAGGCUUGAUGUAAGGAGUUAGUUCAAUCCUCCUACAAGUUUUGAGUUUGUUUAAUUUUGUUCCAGCUUUCUGAACUGAUUUUGAUUCUAUUCAAUUUCAAUGAGUCAAACAAUGCAAGUCAUGGAGGAUGAUGGAAGUUUUAAAGAGAAGUCCUUUUCAAAUGGGGUUUACAUUGGUAAAUUCAGGGGUGAAAUUCCUCAUGGCAUCGGAAAGUACACAUGGACAAAUGGAACAAUAUACGAGGGUGACUGGGUUGAUGGAAAAAUGACAGGGAAAGGGGUUUAUAGAUUUGCAAAUGGGGAUGUCUACAUUGGUAAUUGGAAAAAUGAUAAAAUGGAUGGAAGAGGGAUUAUGAAUUGGGUUAAUGGUGAUGUUUUCAAUGGAUGUUGGUCAAAUGGACAUAGACAUGGAUAUGGAGUUUAUAGAUUUUCAAAUGGGAAUGUCUACGCAGGAAAUUUUAAAAAUGAUAAAAUGGACGGAAGAGGGAUUAUGAAUUGGUCAAAUGGAACAAUGUACGAGGGCGAUUGGGUUGAUGGACAAAUGAUAGGGAAUGGAUUGAUGAUACCAGGCUUUCUAUGUGCAUUUUUGAAGACUAUCAGACCCAUUAUUAUCUGAAGCUUAAUUUUCAAUCAUAGAUCAUGACUACAACAAAGGGUGAUCUCAUAGUGUACAGAUGUACAUAGUAUUACUGAUGAACAUGAUGAUUAGGGGAUGAGCAGUUGCUAUAGGAGUUUAGGAGAUGAAGAUGGCACUCAGCUUUUUUCUAUGUCUUUGUCUGUUCUUUUUGCAUCAAGUUGAACUCUGUUAUGUAGUUUCAGCUAUUUGGAUUAUAUUUAUUAUUCACUAGCACUAAUUCUCAUACUUUCUCAAAACAUCUUAGCUUCUUGAGUAUUAUUAGUUGAGACUUUAAAACAUUGUCAUUCCUAUAUUAUGACAAGUUUUCUCUUCUAACUCUCAA